AUGACUCUUUGUAGCUCAAAAGCAAGCCGAGAUCCUGACUAUGAAGUGGACCUCAUUGCGAUGAGUGACGGCCGUAUGCGUCUUACUCUUUUGUUAAGGUUUUCAGUUGCAGAUGUGGUGUGGAAACCUGAGUACCAAUUUGUACUCCAGCCGAUCCAAGUCACGGAAACGCAAAUGCUACUCGCAAAGUUGCAAGAUGCCAACGACAAACUGGAUCGAUUUCAAUCGAUCUUUCCCGUGUGGGUCAUGAAGCCGAGCGAUUGUACCACCGUUUCUCGAAAUGAAGCAGCAGCGCAGAUUGUUGUUUUGAAAGGUGCGCAGUCCUGGUUGUAUCUGUGCGGCUUUGUCAAGCCUGUGAUGGAAUAUUCCGGAAUCGAUGUGAAGUCUGCAGUGGAGCGGACUACAAAUACUGUUCACAAACCUAGUGACGUUGUUUCCCAAGUAUUGGUUUAUCCUUUGGACGCAACUAUUGAUGCUGUUAGCCACAUCUUGCUGGGCCAAUAUGCAGCUCAUACUUGA